AUGAAAAGAACUCAGCAAUCAUUAUUGCAUUUUUAUAAAAAACCUAAACAGUCCACCGAAUCCGUCGAUGAUACAGUUCCAUCUACAUCGAAUGUUUUACAAGAUGAUGACAUUAUGGCAACACUUGAAACAGAAAAAACAGCUCCAAGUCCACCAGUUGUUUCUCCGGUAAUUGAACGUAGUUUAAAAUGUUUAGAUUCUAAGUUUGAUAUAGGGGGUUAUGUUGAAUCAUAUUCAAAAUUAAGAGAGGGUUUAUUUUGUAAAUUCUGUGUACUGUUCUUAAAUUUAAAUCAUGCUGGUAAGGGAUCACAUGAGAAGUUAGGUAAACUUGUUUUAAGACCCUUGACAAAGCUAAAAGACGCAUUGGAAGACUUUAGAAAUCACGAAAAAAAUGAUUACCAUAAAAAUUCGUUACUUACUGCUGACAACAUAAAAGCAAUUUUAGAAAAAAAACAAGAUAAUAUAUUAGUACAAUUGAAUAGUAAACGAAAAGAUGAAGUCAUAAAAAAUCGCGCAAAACUUAAGCCAAUUAUUCAAACAAUUCGGUUAUGUGGUAGACAACAAAUAGCGUUACGGGGGCACGAGGAUUCUGGUAGAAUUUUUUUAGAAGAACCAAAAAAUAACGAUGGUAAUUUCCGUUGUUUGCUCCGAUAUCGCUCGAAAAAUGGUGACAACGUAUUAAAAGAACAUUUGGAAACUAGUGGUGACGAAACCACUGACAUUUCUCAAAUUGAACAAUUUUCAUUAUGUAUUCGUUAUGUUGACGAGGAAGUUUUUUCAAUUCGGGAAGAUUUUCUUACAUUCGUUCCGGUAUAUGAUUUAUCUGGUGAAGGUUUGGCUAACACAAUUAAAGAAACUUUAAAAAAAAUUGGUUUUGAUUUGAACAAAAUGCGAGGUCAAGGUUACGACGGGGCUGCAGCAAUGCGUGGUCGUUUUAGAGGUGUUCAGGCAAUUAUUAAAGAUAUGUACCCAAAAGCAUUAUACACACAUUGCGUAUCACACUCACUAAAUCUUUGUUUAUCGGAUGCGACAAAAUCUCAAGAUAUUCGAAAUGCUUUUGGUAUAAUAAGUGAAUGCUGUUCUUUUUUUAAUAGUUCGGCAAAACGAACUACAGUCCUCCAAAAUAAAAUAAAAGAAAUUAAACCAAAUUCACAAUCUACAAAAUUGAAAUCUUUAUGUGAAACUCGCUGGGUGUUACGCCAUGAAGCAGUUAUGCUUUUUAAAGAAUUUGUAGAACCCGUUGUUGCUGCAUUAGAAGAAGUGCAAAAUGAAUGUUCUGGGACUGAUUCUUCAAAAAAAUCUAAUGGCCUUUUACAUUUUUCCGAUGUAAUUUCCGUGUUUCAUUCCAUAAGAGAAAACGUUGAUUUAAAAUUUAACAAUAUUUAUAAAGAAGCCAAAGAUGUUGCUGAAAAGUUAAAUAUUGAACCAAAAAUGCCUCGUACCUGUAGCAGUCAAAGAAAUAGAAGCAUGGUACCAUCUAACAACAUUGAAGAAUAUUACAAAAAAUCUAUUUUUAUACAGUACUUGGACGAUUUGAUGAUGGCAUUAAAUGAAAGAUUUAUACCUCACAAUGAAACUAUAACUUCAUUACAAUAUGUCUUACCAAGUAUUGUAGUUGAAAAACCAUUUUCUUAUUUAAAAAAAGCUGUUGAAUUUUAUGAAAAUGAUUUACCGGUGCUAAAUGACGUUAUAGAAGCAGAGUACGAAAUUUGGCAAGCUAAGUGGAAGAAUAUUGAAGACAACUUAAAGCCCACAACUGCUAUAGAGGCUUUGAGUGUCUGUGAUAGAUUAAUGUAUCCAAACAUGUAUGAAUUACUAAAAAUACUAGCUAUAAUACCAGUAUCCACCGCUAUAGCUGAACGCAGCUAUUCGACGUUGAGAAGACUCAAAACGUAUUUAAGAAAUACAACUUCAGAAUCCAGACUAGUGGGACUUGCCCUUUUAGCUAUUCAUAGAGACAUUGACAUACCAGAUGACAUUUUAUUAGAUAAAUUUUCUUUAAAGAACACCUACAAUCAAUCACCUCCGAUCUCUGUGACCAGUGACCACACUGAAAUAUUCACCGACGGCUCCAAAACUGAUAACGGUGUUGGAGCUGCAGUAGUAGUUAAAGACCACGUAUCAAUGCUGAGACUCCCCAAUUUCUGCUCAAUAUACUCAGCGGAGGCAACGGCAAUUUCUUACGCCCUAGACCUCAUCAAAACAAGACGCAUACUCAAAGCAGCUAUUCUAAGCGACUCGCUAAACUAA